AAAAUCCGAAACCAAAAAGUGCGCUUCCCGGUACCGAAUCGUCUCUGUCGUAUCCUCUCUCUCCCUUUCUUCCUUCUUCAGAAUCGAAACAAAAAUCGCAUCUUCACUUCGGAACCGUUCGAGUCUUUCUUGCUUCGUCGGUUUGGGCGCCGGAUCACGGAGGCUGAGUGAGGGGAGGAAGGAUGCAGCAACUUGGGCCCGAGAGACCGGCCAUGACCUUCGAUGAGGUCUCUUUGGAGCGGAGCAAGAGCUUCGUCCAAGCGUUGCAGGAACUCAAAAAUUUGAGGCCUCAGCUUUAUUCUGCUGCGGACUACUGCGAAAAAGCUUAUCUUCACAGUGAACAGAAACAAAUGGUAUUGGAUCAUCUGAAAGAGUAUGCUGUCCGUGCCCUUGUAAAUGCUGUUGAUCAUCUUGGUACAGUUACUUACAAAUUGACAGAGAUUUCUGAGCAGCAAUCAUCUGACAUCUCAACUGUAGAGCUGAAGAUUUCAUGCCUAUCUCAGCAAAUACUUACCUGCCAAACUUUCGCCGAUAAAGAAGGUCUUAGGCAGCAGCAACUGUCAUCAAGAACGACACCGAGGCAUAAAAAACAUUACAUACUUCCGAGUCCCAUCCACAAACGUCUAGAGAACAUUUCAAACUUACCAAAGGAUAACAGGUCAAGUCAUGUUCAAUCAAUGCCUCUUCCUCAAUCUUAUGGAGUUCUUACACCCAAAACUUUAUCUUGGCACCUUGCCUCGGAUAACAGCCCUGCACCGAGCAAAGAAUCAUGGACAUCACUUUUGGUUGAAGAUUCUAGAGAUCGAAAUGUGACUAUGAAUUCUCUCCCUCCUUCAGAGCAUGGGGUGCCAAUGUCCUUAUCAAGUCAUCUUCAGGCUGCCAAGGGAAAUGGUACUAGUGUGAAGUGGAAGCAGGACGAAAUGGAGGCUAAAAAAUCUCUAUCAGAAUUCAAGUCAUUCGACAAGUCUGUACGGGGCGAGAUCAGCCAGCCUCCUCCUCGCAGCAAGAACAUAAUUUCAGCAUUGUUUCCUAGAAACAAGAACUUCAAGCCCAAAAGAGUUCCAGUCUCCUAAUGUGGCAGUUACUGAUACGUAGUUCCCCCAUUUCCAUGGUUGGCGCAGACAGUUGUGUCCUGGAGCGAGUGAGCAUCUAGUUUGUUGGUUUACUGACGAGUGUAUCUGUCUGUCAGUGGGAAUCUCUGCAAUUGCUUCCUCAUUUGUCAGUCUGCAUUGUUUGAGAGAGUCAGUCCUGCUCAACAUGGUUUGUUCAGAAAAAUUCUCACCUGUUUGUAUGAGAACGAAACAGAUGAUAUGUUGUUUGGUAUGAGGAUUUUUUGGGGGUUCUGUGUGGUUCACCAUUAUUUGUGACA